UGGAAGAGGAUGCUCGUGACAAGAACAUGCUGUUACAUAAAUUAGCUACAUAGAUUAGCUACAUCCAGGGAUUUACAAAUCUUUAUUUUUAAAAUGCAGACAAGCCAUAGAUAUUAAUGAUGUCAGAAGAAUAUAUAUCGGUGCUACCUGGAAUUGUCCAAAUACCGGAAUGGGAGCUGUUUGUCUGACAGGGUGUCUUUGAAAAAACACAUCAGUAACUAAAUAAGUGUCCUUUGCAACAAGCAUUUCCAGGAAGAUUCACAACAGGCUGAGAAACCUAAAGGGAAAAAACAGAAAGUCACCAAGUACAGCCAGUGUUACUGAGCAGAGCUUGCAGCUGAACACAGCAACCGCACGAGAGCAACCUGCUAGCACGGUCAGAGCCAGUGGUGAGAUCGUCUGACAACAGCACAGCAGAAUCUGAACAUUCAGCAGCCAAAGCAGAUACCAAACAAAUGUUGCCAACAACAUGAGACUGUCUCUGGGCUCAGAUGGAUCAGACAGCAGGUCUGAUCUGGCCCAGCACUCAGGAUAAGGACUAAGAACACAGAGCAGUGAAAAAAGAGGGAUGCUGCUGAGUUGCUGGGGGAGGGAGGAAGUUGGCAGCGACCCAUCGUUGUUUGCAAUAUAGAGAGGAUAAGAAUAUUUGGAGGAAGCUGGUGGCCUGUGGAAGCAGGGGGAGGCAAACCCCAACACACUGUUCCAGUUUUCUCUCUGGGCUGAGACUCUUCUGUUGCCUCCUCUUUUGUCCCUCUCUGAGGGUUGUGAAGACCACUGGCCACGAAGCGCUUCGCAUAUCCUAGGACAGCUGCCCUCACAUGAGGUCUAAAAGGAUGAGCGGCAGUUUAACACUGGCUGGGGCCCUUUGGGCUUUCCUAUCCUUUCUCACAGCGGUUGCUAGCUCAGCCAGCUACUUUAUGCCCUAUUGGCUCCUUGGUUCUCAGCUGGGGAAGCCGGUUUCAUUCGGCACUUUCCGCCGGUGCACAUACCCAGCUCGGACAGAGGAGAGGCACCUGGUGAUGGUUGAAGAGUGUGGGAGGUAUGCCAGUUUCAGGGCCAUCCCCAGCUUAUCCUGGCAAAUCUGCACGGUAGUGAUGGGCAUUGGCUGUGCCUUGCUGCUCCUGGUGGCGCUAGCAGCUGUCCUGGGUUGCUGUGUGGAAGAGCUCAUCUCUCGGAUGAUGGGACGCUUCAUGGGGACAGCCCAGUUUGUAGGAGGGCUGUUGAUAAGCUCAGGCUGUGCUUUGUAUCCCUUAGGAUGGAACAGUCCAGAAAUACAGCAGACAUGUGGGAAUGCCUCCAAUCAAUUUCAGCUAGGAACCUGCAGGCUUGGCUGGGCAUAUUACUGCAUGGGAGGUGGGGCAGCUGCAGCCAUGCUGAUCUGUACCUGGCUCUCAUGCUUUGCUGGAAAAGAUCCCAAACCUGUAAUGCUGGUGAGGAGCAUCAUGCAGAGUGCAAACCCUUAUGGCGUUGAGCUCGAGUGCUGCCUGAAACAAUGAAUUUUCCCGGACACUCUCCUGAAACAAAGGAGGAACAUAGAGCACAUUGUUCAAACAUCUCUGACUGAUACAUGUGGACCCCUCCUUUUCCGUCAACAGCAGGGGCCAAAGACUUCUCCCAACUACAGUUCCAUAUCUGGGUUAACUACAUUCAGGUGGGGUUGCUCUAGGAUUUACACUGGUGUAGCUAAGAGCACAGUUUAGCUUGGAAACAAAUGCAGUCUCCUUGAGGACCAGGUCCAAAGAACAAGAGGCCAAUUUCAUCUGCAAUUCCCUUGAAAUCAGGGGAGUGAAUUUGAUCCAAAGAAAAUAAGAAUUAAUUUCAUACGUUUUCUGAAUGUAAGAGAUAUCACCUAAGUCUUAUCUAGCACUUUUCCCCAGGAGAUCUGAAAGCAUUUUACAAAUGAGGGCAAUAUCAUAACCCAUUUUACAGAUGGGAAAACUGAGGGACAGAGAGUUGAAGUAACUUGCCAAAGGACAUGCAGUAUGUCAGAGCCCAUUUAUUCUAAGUCACUAGCCAAUGCGCUAUUGACUUGAUCACACUGCUAAAGCAUAGCUUAUACUGAGUAGUGUGCUUCAGGCUGCUUUGCUGGCUGGCUAAACCAAGUUAUGGUUGCUUUACAUUGCUGGAGCAGUACAGUGAAAUCCGGGUCCUGUGUGUAGGGUUUAUCCAAAAUGUCCCAGGCUAGGACAAGGCUGUAGCAUGAAGAAGGAGCUGAUGAAGCCUUUUUCCUCAUUUGUUGCAUCCAACCUUAAAUAUAGGACUGUCUCCCUUCCCAAACCUAGUGAAGAGGAAGAGUUUGUCCAUCUAAGGGUAUUGUAGACAUAACCUAACAAAUGCACCCAAGAUGGAGUUAAGAUAAAGCUGGCACUGAAUGAUUGUCCUGUAGCAAUGUUGAGUUCUGAUCUGACUGAGUUCCUCACCAUGGCUCUUGCAAGGCCUCAGAAAUUUGAAGAUGGUCUCCAGAGUAUGGUCAUCUUAGGACCACUGAGCACUUCUUCAGCACCAUAUACUGCACAGGUCAAUAAAGGGCAUGGUCUGGGCUUAAAAAUGUGUGUAUGUCUUACACCAGGCAGGAGAACAGGCUGGAAAAAAAACCUUCUGUGUUUGCAUUUAUAGUCCUGUUGUAAUGUCUUUGUAAAUAAAGGUUUGUGACCACUAUCACCCAUUUGUGUGAAACCCAUGUUGAUUGCUGUAUAUUUCACCCAGCAUUAAAGAAGUUUAUUGUCAUCUAA